AUGGCAAAAGAUAAAGCUUUAGGGCCUGAUGCUUUCCCACCAAAUUUCUUCCAAGCUAACUGGGAUCUUGUUGGAGAUGACAUUGUCAAGAUGGUGCAACACUUCUUCCUUUCUGGUCAUAUCCUAAAAGAGAUGAACUCUACAUUCAUUUCCCAAAUACCAAAGAUAGAAAGUCCUACUUCUCUAAGCCAUUUUAGACCUAUAAGCCUCUGCAACACUACCUACAAAAUCAUAUCCAAACUGUUAGAUCAAAGAAUGAAACCAUUCCCCAACAAAAUCAUUUCACCCUACCAAUCUGCUUUCAUUCCUGGGAGGCAAAUUUCUGACAAUAUUGUCAUUGCUCAUGAGCUCAUUCAUUCCAUGAGAUCCAAAAGAGGUGUCAAAGGUGAUAAAGGUAGUAUGGGGAUAAAGAUUGACAUGGUUAAGGAUUUUGACAGAAAUCUCUCUAGAACUCUUAUACAUUCUGAAGACCUUGGCAUCAUCUCUGGCAUAAAGAUCUGCAAGGGAGCCCCUUCUAUAAAUCAUCUUCUGUUUGCUGAUGAUUGUAUGGUGUUCUGCAAAGCCAACAAAAUUGAAGCUCAAAAUCUCAUGGACAUCCUCAACCUCUUUGGAGAUACUUCUGGCCAACUAAUCGAUUUCAAUAAAUCAGGAGUGUUUUUCAGUAGGAAUACUGAUCCUUCCCUUAUCCCUGCUAUCAGCAACAUAAUGGGAGUUAAAGUUCUGCAGCUGGAUGAUAAAUAUUUAGGAUCUCCACUAUUUACUCACCUAAGCAAAAUUAAGUCUUUCAGACCAAGGGUUGACAAGAUGAAGUUGAGACUCUCAAGUUGGAAAAAUGUACCUCUAAAUCCUGCUGGCAGGGAGAUUCUCAUCAAAACUGUUACCCCAAAAACCAGUAUCUUUCAAAUGAACUGCUUCAGAAUUCCUAAACAAACUUUUCAAGACUUAAACAAGCUACAAAGAUAUUUCUUUUGGGGCAAAAAUCUGGAAAACCCAACAGGCUACUACCCAAAGGCAUGGACAGCCAUAUACAAACCAAAGGAACUAAGUGGUUUAGGCUUCAUAAAUAUGGAACUUUUUAACAGAUCUAUGAUUAUAGAAAUUGGUUGGAGAUUGGAACAAGACAAGGAUUCUUUAUGGUAUCAACUAAUGGAUUCCAAGUACCUGAUGGGAGGAAAUAUUCUAAAUAUGGAUACAAAAGCCAAAUAUGGAAAUUCUUGGAUCUGGAAAGGUAUUCUUCAAGGCAUACAGAAUAUACAACAAUAUUGCUCUUGGAAAAUAGGCAAAGGGAACAGAAUAAAAAUCUGGGAGGAUUUAUGGAUCCCAAACUCCACGGAAAAGCUCAUAAAACCAGCUCACUGCCUACAGCAUAUUGAGAUGUUGAAACAUCUCAUGACACCCUCAGGAAAAUGGAAUGCUCAGCUAGUUCAACAAAUCUUUAGUAUAAACACUGCUCAAAUCAUCUUGUCUCAGGAAAUUCAUCCAGGGGCAGAUGAUACCAUGAGUUGGAACUUAAAUAAUACUGGAAAGUUUUCUGUCAAAGCCACACAAGACAAAGAUAGAUAA